AUGGAACCCUCUGCCGAACCUUCAAAUUCUACCAAUGUUCCCCAAGCUCCCGAGAGCUCACCUCCCCGACUUAGUAUCGACUUUGGCUGGCGCAAGUUCAAAUCGCUUAUCUCCAACGAGAAUACCCCCAAUGCAGACCCUCUCUACGUCGUCGACUACCAAAUCAUCAAAGCCGGUCUCAAAUUCAAGCACUAUGCCAAUGGCGAAAUAUUCGGCCUCGGGCGCAUGGGCGUGGUCAGCAUCGACGCCGACUAUGAACUCCACGGGCGCAAAGACCAAAUUGUCGCGCAGAGCCGGCUGAAGACUUCAUAUGCGCAUCGCUCCGUCGCGGCAUCCACCACUGACAAGCCCGUUACCUUGACUUGGUACAGCGACAGCAACUUCACCAAGUGGGACUUUAUCUGCUGCGAUGAACAACAGUUGCCCGUCGCCAAGCUCACCAUGAAUCUCUGGGGGCUGAAACAAAUCGGUCGAAUCGAAUUCAUGGGGCCGAUGGCACAUAGUCAGGAGUUGCAGGAAGAGAUCGUCGUGACCAGUUUGACGCUAGCCUAUCAAAUGGCCCUGCGGAUCAGCAACUUGCUCAACCUCGCCGGAGCUCUUUUUGCUCGUCCUGGCCAUGAGCCCAAGGUCAGUAGCGCAGCUCCCAAGACUGCCCCUUUCUCCCACUCUCGGACCUCCUCUGAGGUGGGUCAGCCUGCGACAGAAGCUGCCGCGCUGCCAGAGACUGGGAAACAGCGCCCUUCGGCGAUCUAA